UGCUUGGAAAUCUGUAUGAUCAUGUCGUACAAAGGAACAGAACCUGCAGCAUAGCCCAUUAGGCCUCCAUUAGAGGGGUAAGGCAGUAAAAUCCCGUCUACUUAUGGUCAGCCCUCCAAUUUCCAUUCUGACUCUGUACAUUCUCCUAUUGUUGGGGCCAUUAGAUUUUCAGUUUUGUAUCAUUUCUCUUCCUCCAUUGUCAUAAGCGUCCAUUUUCAAUCUUACGGUCAUGGAGAUUUCUUGCUUUCAUAGUUUGGUGUUGUUAGUUCACUUCUUUAUAUUGUGCACAACCCGUCUUCACUCAUUAAUCACUGAUCAAUCUGCGCUUCUGGCCUUGAAAGCCCAUAUCAAUCCCGAAACUCAAAAUAUCUUGGCAAACAAUUGGACAACAGCUACUUCUGUUUGCAAUUGGAUUGGUAUUACUUGCGGUGGCCAACCCCAGAGGGUCAUAGCCUUGAAUAUUUCUUCCAUGGAUCUAGAGGGCACCAUCCCUCCACACAUUGGAAACUUAUCUUCCCUACAAAUAAUUGAUCUCAGCUUUAAUAGACUAUCUGGUACAAUUCCUGGGGAAAUAGGUUAUCUAACCAAUGUAAAGAAUCUGAACAUUUCAUAUAACCACCUUACAGGUCACAUACCAAGCCGUAUUGGAAACUGUACAUUGCUCGAGGAAAUAAACUUCAGUGAAAACAACUUGACAGGUGCACUACCACCGGAGAUUGGAAAUCUUUCCAACCUAAAGGCAUUGAGAGUUAAUAAUAACGUCUUAAGGGGCAUUAUUCCGUCAACAAUCUUCAAUAUCUCAGCAUUACAAGUUGUCUUGCUAUAUGAAAACUCUCUUUCAGGAAACCUUCCAUCAAGUAUAGGCUUCUUCCUUCCAAAUCUUGCCGAGCUUCACCUUCGGGGAAAUGAACUUCAAGGAAUAAUUCCUAGCUCCAUCUCUAAUGCAUCAAAACUCACUCUCUUGGACUUGACAGAUAACUUCUUUACUGGCAGUAUUCCUAAUUCUAUUGGUAAUCUGAGAAAUCUCCAGAAACUUGAAUUAGCCCAGAAUAACUUAACCAGUGAAUCCUCCAUGGUGGAAUCAAAUUUUAUUUCUUCAUUGACACAAAACAGCCAUUUGAGAAGGAUUGUGCUAUCAGGCAAUCCUCUUGGUUCCAUCCUCCCCAUGUCCGUUGGUAAUCUCUCAGCUUUUCUUGAAUACUUUUUGGUGUCUGAUUGCAAACUUAAGGGCUUCAUUCCUGCUGAACUUGGCAAUUUAAGCAGCUUGAUAGCCUUAGAGCUGGGAAAAAAUGAACUGACUGGUAUUAUUCCAAAUACAAUUGGAAAACUACAAAAGCUGCAAGGUUUGCACCUUCAAAGCAAUAGAUUGCAAGGAACCAUCUUGUAUGAUCUUUGUCAAUUGAGCAGCUUGGUGGAAUUAUUCUUAGGUGGUAAUGAGCUUUCUGGAUCAAUACCAGAAUGCUUGGGUAAUCUUAAAGCUCUAAGAAAUAUCAGCUUAGGCUUUAACAGGUUAACUUCCAUGAUACCCUCAAGCUUGUGGAGCCUAAAUGAUAUCCUGGCCAUAGACUUGUCAUCAAAUUCUCUACAGGGGUCUCUUCCAUUAGAAAUUGAAAAUUUGAAGGUUGUGACUGAAAUUGAUUUGUCAAAUAAUCAGUUAUCAGGUUACAUUCCUAACAGCAUUGGGAAUCUCAAAAUGCUUGUGUAUCUUUCUUUAGCAGAAAAUAAAUUACAAGGCUCUAUUCCAGAAUCUUUUAGUGGUUCUAUAAGCUUAGAGUUCUUGGAUCUUUCUGUUAACAACCUCUCUGGAGUAAUUCCUAUGUCCUUGGUAAAGCUCCUUUAUCUUCAAUAUUUUAAUGUGUCUUCUAAUGAACUCCAAGGAGAAAUUCCCAGUGAAGGACCCUUUGCUAAUUUCUUAGCCCAAUCAUAUGUGAUGAAUAAAGCACUUUGUGGUGCAGCACGAUUGCAAGUUCCACCAUGCAAAACUGGUACCUCCAAAGGAACACGGAGAACUCUUUUUCUAUUUCUCAAGAUUUUUUUUCCAAUGAUUGCAUUAUGUUGUAUGCUAUUACUGAUCCAUGUGUUGGUAAAACAGUACUUCCAAAAAGGGAUGAUAGCUGUUCUUCCAACAAAAAGAAGAACAAUUUUGUACCAAGAAAUUGCGCUAGCAACAGAUGGAUUUAGUGAAAGUAACCUACUUGGCACUGGGGGUUUUGGUUCUGUUUACAAGGGAACAAUGAAAGAGGAGAAGAAUGUUGCAAUAAAGGUUUUCAAUAUGCAUACAGAAAGAGCAAUAAGGAGUUUUGAGGAUGAAUCCAAGUUAUUGUCCAUUAUUCAUCAUCCUAAUAUUGUCAAACUCAUUAACAGUUGCCGUGAUGAUGAUUUCAAAGCCUUGGUGCUAGAAUACAUGCCUAACGGGACCUUGGACAAGUGGCUUUACACUCAUAAUUAUUUUCUGAAUCUCUUGCAAAGACUUGACGUAAUGAUAGAAGUUGCAUCAGCAAUGCUUUACCUUCAUGCAAGACAUGCUGUUCACUUUGAUUUGAAACCUAGCAAUAUCCUGCUAGACGAAGAUAUGGUCGCUCAUGUUAGUGAUUUCAGCAUUGCCAAAAUCUUAGAUGAGCAGAAGGCUGUAAAACAAACCUCAACCUUGUCCACUGUUGGGUAUAUGGCACCAGAGUAUGGAUCAAGUGGAAUUAUAUCUGAAAAAACAGAUGUGUAUAGCUUUGGUAUUCUACUGAUGGAAACAUUUACCAGAAAGAAACCCACAGAUGAAAUGUUUGAUGGAGAAAUGAACUUGAGGCGCUGGGUAUGUGAGUCAUUACCUCGUGCGGUAGAUAGAAUAACAGAUGUAGCUUUACUUGAGGCUGAUCAGGAAGCCAUAUCUGCCAAAAGAAAAUGUAUACUAUCAAUCAUGAAAGUGGCUAGGUUUUGCACUGCAGAGUUGUCUGUUGAGAGGAAGACUAUGAGAGAAGUUGAAGAAGAGCUCCAGAGGAUCAAAAAAAAUUAUUUAAGAGACAGUGAAUGUCAAGUCCAAAGAGAAAUAUAUCCAAGUAUUUCACGGCAAGAACUUCUAUUAGCAACGGAUGGCUUUAAUGAAAGUCAAAUAGUUCAGUAUGGGGAAUUUGGUGUCUUGUACAAAGGAAAAAUGCCAUCACCAUAUGGGCAUGAUGUAUACAGAGCAAUAAAGGUUUUUAAUCGAAUAAAAAGAGGGCGGGAGAGUUUUGCAGUUGAAUCUGAAGCACUGUCCUUUAUUCGCCAUCGGAAUGUUGUCAAAAUCUUGAAGAUGUGCAAUGAAGUUGAUUUUAAAGCAUUGGUUCUGGAGUACAUGCCCUAUGGAUCUCUGGAACAAUGGCUUCAUUACAAUGAUGAUGACAGCCCCUUAAGGAAUAUCUUGACAAUGCUUAAUACAAUGAUAGAUGUGGCAUCAGCUUUGUGCUACCUCCAUACAAUGUGUGUCAUUCACUGCAAUUUAAGACCUAGCAACGUUCUACUAGAUAAUGACAUGGUUGCACAUGUUAGUGAUUUUAGCAUUGCCAAACGCGUAAGUGAAAGAACUGCAGCAACAAAAACCGCGACUAAGGCCACUGCUGGAUAUAUGGCUCCAGAGUAUGAAUCAACUGGAACUGUUUCUGAUAAAACUGAUGUUUAUAGCUUUGGUAUUCUACUGAUGGAAACAUUUACCAGAAAGAAGCCCACAGAUGAAAUAUUUAACGGUGAAAUGAACCUCAGGCAUUGGGUAUGCUCUUCAUUACCUCAUGCAGUUGAGAGUAUUGUAGAUUUCACUUCGCUGCAAUCUUGUUGGAGAGACUUAGCUGCUGAUAGGACAUGUAUAUUAUCAAUCAUGGAAGUGGCCUGUGGUUGUACUGCAGAGUCGCCCGAUGAUAGAAUGACUAUGACAGUAGUUGCAACCAAGCUCGUGAGGAUCAAAAAAGAGUAUCUAAGUGGGAGGAGAUAGCUUUAAUAUGACACCACAGAUUUUUUUUCCUUUUACUUCUUUUACUUUUUCCUCUCUUCUCUUGUUCCUGCUUUUCUAAAUUAAGGGGUAACAGGUUGUUCCUGUCAGAAACAGGGCGCAGAAGAGUGCUUUAGUGAUUCAUCACAUGAUAAAACAUGUUUUUCUUGUAUGAUUUUGUUCAUUAAUUCAGAACCAAUAUACAUCUCUACCCUUUUUAAAUUAAAAAUAUACGUCUCUCC